UUUAGUUUGGUCCGGAGAUCCUGUACGCAGUAGCCUCAUGGCAAACAGCGAUUCCGGCCAUAGCAAUUUAGUGGGCGUGGUGUGGCCGUUUAGAGUGAAAUCACGUUUGCUUCGCCAUUUUGUGCUGAGUGCCACUGACUCUCUGUAGUUUCCUUUUGCUUGACGCAAGCGAGAGUCCACUAGCAUGUUUCAAACCAGUUCUCUGCUCAUGAGCAGUGGCUAGUGAUUCCAGUAUGUGUUAGAUGAGCGGCUGAAUGAAGAAACCACUAAGUUACGAUGGAAUGACGGUAUUUAACGCUUCAUUGGCGUUAAAUUAAUUAUUGGAAUCAUUCGCCGCAACCUUCGAAAAGAGGUAGAAGUUGCAGCGCUUAAUCAUCCUGCCGCUUGCCGACGAUCUUUAUUUCAUCGUACGCGGCCCAGCCAUAUUUCAUUAAUCAUUACAAUUCACCGACAUUUUGGUCGUGUGUAACAAUUGUUGAAAGGAUUCUUUAUCGGCCCUCCCCGAAGAAAUUCGAAUCAGUUGACUUCAAUGCGCUUUUAACCAAACCGUAUCUCUAGGAGUAGUUUCUUGACUCCAUAUAUUUCGCGUGAUUAUCCCAGGCUACCCCGCGACUCCUAUGAGCGCACCCAUCUCUCGAAGUGUCUGUCAGAUUUGAAGUGGUUUUCGCUCUUCACGAUUUACGUCGUAUAGCCUCUCUCGUAAAAGACAAAUAAAAGGGGAAAAUGGCUCACGACAGCACAUCUCCUACUGCUACGCCGGCCGGACCGACCCUCGGUGGCCGGUCAUCUUUCCUUCCACAAUGGAUGCGUCAAAGCCUCGAGCACCUCAGCAUGAAGACCAACAUGGAGGAAUAUGGCACGUCACCCCCGGAGAACGAGAGCCUAUUCCUGCACGAGGGAAAACUGCCGACCUACUCGAUGGCUACCCUGGCUGACGGGAACAAAAAACCUGACGGCUUAAUGUUUCGCGCGAGGGAUCUGAUUGUGCCUCGAGCUCCACGCUCGCUUUCCGUGGCUCCCGCGGUGCCGUCAACGGUCGGUAUAGCCACUACCGGAACCAGUGCAGAUCAGGUGUGCCCUUCUGCCUCUGCUCCACAAUCGGCGGCCACCACCCCCACUGUAACACCCCAGCAGUCUCCCACCUUCUUCAGAAAGAUACUCGCUAACUCUGAUCUCGGCUACUCACAGUGCAAAGGAGGUGCCGCGCCCGAAGCUGGAACUUCCUACAUGGCUCGGUUGGUUCCCGUCAGUUGCGUCACCAACUUCGAUCUGAACGCCGUUUCUCCAACUUCAUGGUAGAAGGUGGAAUGGGGAGCGAACUUAAUGUCUGCAAGGCAGAGCAACUAGAACCUGAAAAUUGAUCGAUCCUGCGGUAGUGACUGCUCGUAUGGCCGCAUAGCUGGACGUAAAAAUGUAUUCAUCCGAUCCGAAGCUCUGGCAGACGCAAAUAUAAACAGAUAGGGCAACGCCCCAGUCGAAUAAGCUGGAGUGGGCUCUGACCCUUACGACGAGCAUCCCUUUACACACCCUACUCCAUAUUAAAGAUAUAUGAUCAAUCACAUCUAACUCAAUAAUUACUCAGAAAUUGCUACUAAAUCAAUCCUGAUAGACGCGCAGGAGGCGGAGGGCUCAACGAGAACAACAGUUUGAUAGACAAAAUUUUAUCAUCAUCAUCAAUGAGAGCUGUUCAAAGCGAAAAGUAACCCAAUUACUUAAUACUAGAAAUAAUGCAAAUUCGACAAUGUGUAAUAAAUAAUAGGGCGAGCUAUAUGUUAAAGCAAACAGCUAAUGAUGGAAAAUUUAUGGAGAUUUAUUCUUAUACACAUAGCCCAGAUGCUAUGAGAUAUGAUGAUUGUGUAUUGCAUACGACAACCACCAUGAACAUUGACGUAAUUUCUGCCAAAAUUGGUAUGUCGAGUCAUUCGAUUGUUCGCAUUCGGGCGAAGAAAUAAACACACUACCUCGUGAUGUUUCUGUUUCUGUUUAGAUAACGGGAAUGUGAAUAAUGUUUGAAAAAUGGGACUAUUAGAAAGUGUAUCGAAUAUGGUGAUAUUUUGAUGGUGAUGAUGAUGCCGCCACAACAGUUGCCAUUCUCUUUUUGAAGAGGAGGACUCAAACCUGAAACAGUAGAAGUGAAUAGAACGAUGUUUAAACCAAUAAACCAAAUACGUUCUCAGAAUCUGCGGUAAUUUGUAAAACAACAACUAACGAUAUGCGGUUGUGUUUAAAUAAUACAGUGCAGAAUCUUUUAUUAAUAUCUUCGAUUAGCGGGAAAUUUAUCAUUGUGAAUCAUUUGUUCAUAUCAGGCUGGGUCAGCAUCUGGCGACGUUUGCAACGUUUAAAUACAUAAAAUUGAUGCUUUCAUUUUUUCA